AUGGUAAUAUUUUCUAUCUAUCUAUCUAUCUAUCUAUCUAUCUAUCUAUCUAUCUAUCUAUCUAUCUAUCUAUCUCAGACGUUUUCGCCUUUGUACUUUUCUUUCUUUUUUCUUUUAUCAAACUUUCCUUUUAUUUUUCCUUUUUGCUUUACGUUUUUCUUUUUUUCCUUCUACUUUUAUUUUGUCUACUUUCUUGCAUUCGUCUCUUUCUUUUGUUCUUUCUUGAUUUUCCUUCUUUUUUUCUUCCUUCGAACUUUUCCUUCUUUAUUUUCUUUCCUUUUUAUCUUUUCCUUCUUUUUUCCUUUCUAUGUUUUCUUCAUUCGAACAUUCCCUUUUAUCAUUUCUUUUUCUUUUGUGUUUUUCCUUCCAUUUAGAUUUUCCUUCUUUGCUUCUUCCUUCGAACUUUACCUUCUUUAUUUUCUUUCUUUUCGCUUUCUCCUCGAAUUUUUCUUCCAUUCUAUCCUUUCUCUUUACUCCUUUCUUUUUACAUGUCUUCCUUUAAAUUUUCCUUUCUUAAUUUGCCACUUGCUUUUAUAUUUUCCUUCUUCUUUCGUUUCCUUUUUCUCUUUUUCCUUCUGGCUUUCUUUUUCUUAUUCUUCAUUCCAACGCCCCUUUCGUUCUUUUAUUCAUUUUAGUCUAUUCUUUCUUUCUCCAAAUUUCCCUUCUUUAUUUUAUCACAGAUGUGGCAGCAAGACUCUGGUCUAA